AUGGGUAUGGUGAUUCCGCUCAAGGAGUGGUACGAUUUUGCUAUUGGACUCUAUUCGAGGGUUCACUCAAACGAUCACGGCAGAGCCUGCUCAUCCUGGGUUGUUCCAGUUCUUCGGCGCCUAACGUUCAGCUCUGAGGAACUAGAGCGGAGCUACAGCGACGAGUGUAUGAACGAUCCAUAUCUCGGACUCGCUACGGUUGACACGCUUCCCAAGGAUGCUUUAGCAGUAAAUAAAGCAGAUCAGACUGAUGUUGUCGCUAUUUCAAGCAAUGAAGACCCUAACUCCAACGAGAAAAUUACUGAUACGGUUUUGCUUUCUGACUCCAAUUAA